AUGAAUUUAGAGGGGGACAGCGGCCUGUCAGUGAUUUGUGGCAAUGGGAAACUUAGACAGUGGCUGAUCGAUCAGAUUGACAGCUGCAUCUAUCCCGGACUGGUUUGGGAGAAUGAAGAGAAAAGCAUUUUCAGGAUUCCGUGGAAACAUGCGGGCAAACAGGAUUACAAUCGUGACGAGGAUGCUGCACUCUUCAAGGCCUGGGCAUUGUUCAAAGGGAAACAUAGGGAAGGAGUGGACAAACCAGAUCCCCCCACAUGGAAGACUAGACUGCGAUGUGCUCUGAACAAAAGCAAUGACUUUGAUGAGCUGGUGGAGCGUAGCCAACUGGACAUAUCCGAUCCUUUCAAAGUCUACAGAAUCAUACCGGAGGGAGCUAAGAGAGGGAUCAAGAUGGCAGGGACAAUGUCCCACAUCAGCUCAGUCAACAGCUACCCUAUGCACUCUCUAUACCCAUCUCUACAGAGCCAGGUGUCUGGCGGAUUCAUGAUUCCUCAGGAGAGGAAGGAGUGGAGGGAGUACAGCCACGCACUGGACCAGCCUCAGCCUCACCAGCCACCCCACACUGAGCUGCAGUACAGCCAGUGCCACUACCCACAGCCACUCAGCCGACCCUGGCAUACCGGGCCACACACAGAUAACGGUUAUCAGUUCACUGGCUCCUUCUGUUCCUACUCUUCCUCAGAGUCUCACACCACAGCAUUUCAAAUGGACCACAACAUGUCUACCCUUUCUGACUUCCGACUGCACAUAUCCCUGUUCUACCGUGAGUCUCUGGUCAAGAAGGUAACCACCUCUAGUCCUGAAGGCUGCCGGAUCACCUCUUCUUCCUCCUCAUCUUCCUCUCCGUCCUCCCCCUGCCCCGAGGACAGGCUGUACAGUGGUGCAGAGACGGUGCAGUUCCCCUCCCCUUACCCCCAGUCUCAGAGGAGAGGGGCAGAGAAGCUACCCAACGUCCUGGAGAGGGGCGUGCUCCUGUGGAUGACGAUAGAUGGGCUCUAUGCCAAGCGGCUGUGCCAGAGCCGAGUGUACUGGGAAGGCCAGCUGGCACCCUACACGGACAAACCCAAUAAAUUGGAGAAAGAACAGACCUGCAAGCUGUUUGACACCCAGCAGUUCCUCACUGAGCUGCAGGGGUAUGCCCAUCAUGGCCGUCCCAUGCCCAGGCACCAGGUGGUGCUGUGUUUCGGAGACGAGUACCCGGACCCCCAACGCCAGGCCAAGAUGAUCACAGCACAGGUGGAGCCCAUGUUUGCCAGGGGCAUGUUAUACUUCAGCCAGCAGAGCAGCAGUCACUGCCUGAGGGACUAUGAGCUCCAGGGACAUACAGAGAUCUCCCUUCCGGCUCCAGGAGUCUACCAGAGGACCCUUCAACAGAGCUCCCCUCUAGCUCAAGGAGACUACCAGAGGACCCUGCAACAGAGCUCCCCUUUAGCUCCAGGAGACUACCAGAGGACCCUGCAACACAUACAGGAGUAACACACAAACAGGCCCCAGGAGCCAUGGACAUGAAUGUAGAUUGACCAAUGAGCUUUACAUCGCUUCUCCUGAAUAGUGUACAGUAUACUCAGGUCUUGGACUAAAAUACCUUACUGUAAUUUCAACGUAAAACUGGACUGUGCCUCCAUCGUCAGUGUCAGCAGUUUGAGCCAAUGAUCAAUGUUAAAAAUGGGGGCGCUGAAAGAAUCUACCCUAGUUUGUACAGGCUUACAAUU